CGUGUUUAAAAAAGGACGGUGCCAAAACGCAUUGGCAGAUCUAGUGUUUGCUCUUACUGAAAGGUGUACAUCAUGUGUGCGGGUUGCGGCUUUCACGCGGCUAGUUUGUGUUUCAAACGGUUGGCGCCUGCAGCCCGUCAGCGGUGAAGAGAACGGCAAACAAAUCGGCAGCCAUUUGACGAGGCGCCACUUCAGCAGAAAUUUCAUGGCGCCCGUAUGACCACGUGUCGAGUCGUUCAUUCAUGAGCGCUAGCCUGCUUGUCCGUAAGUUUUCUGCGCGUGUGUACGGCGUUGUGUCUGUUGACAUAUAUGUGAUGUCCAACCGUGAAGCUUGGUCCACGGGAACCCGUUGAGAGAGAACGAACCACGACUCAUCAAGCGCAUUGUUAUUUCAUUCCGCUUGAUCUAAGGCAUUUAGUUCACCCGGCUCCAUUUUUCUGAUCGCACAAGUUUCUCAUGGAGCAGCGACUUAACCGCAGUUUUCGCUCGUCUGUGCUCGGCUUCCAGUGGUAAAAGUUCAUUUCCACUGAGUUUUUGCUCGUGUCCUAUUAAGUUCUGCCCACUUAAUUCUGUGUGUCGCUCUCAACAGACUUGUCAAGAGGGACGGGGGGACCGCACUCGUCGGAUUUCUCGAAUAAUGUGUCUGGGAGCUGCUUAGGUCUCAGGGUAGAUGCUUCUCUAUACACACCCUGGUUUUCCAUGAAGCAACCGGAUCCGUCUCAGAGAACUCGGGGAGAACCCGCGGGGGCGCGACCGGGGGAGAGAAAGGACUUCUUUCUUUCCCCCGACUCCCAGGCGCCGCGCAGAGCGGGGGAACAGCCCGACUCCGGCGGGGCUGAAUCUCCUCACGUUGACGUCAGCGUCAUUUCUGAUUCUGGACACAGUGUGGCGUUUGUGCGCGCCGCUACAUCUGGCUGCCUCUCAGCUGUCUUUUCAACUGCACUGUUUGUCUUGCGGAAGCGACAACCUCCUUCUUUCGGCUGGAGGUGGCACGCUGCUGCGGGCUGCGGCGGGGCGGCGUUCGGGUGGUGGUACUCCCGUUGGAAACAGCGUGUCCAGGAGCAGGGCCUGGCGAGACUACGGAAGGUCUCUGGCACCGGCACAGCAUUCAUGGCCUUGGAUAGUCUCGCCCCUCCACUUCCGCCUGACGUUUUCACUGAAGCUGGCGAACAGGCUGCUGAGAAGUUAAUGAAGCAAAACCGUUUCCGCACAGGGUGAUGAUGAGUCCAGAGGGCAACUUCAGGGGGCCUACCACUUAACGGUUCUCCGAAAUAUGAAACAGAAUCGCUCCAGGACGACUUCGUAGACAUGACAACUAGACUGCUUUGGUUUUUUGGAAGGGAGAACGGACGAGUUGAAAUGUAAUUUUGAGAAAAAAUGGCGACAGUGGCCGCCUUUCGAUCCGCUGCAGCAUAAACUAAUAUGUUGACCCUGGAUGCCGGUGACGCCGGUUCAUCCACAGGGUCGCCUAUUGCUCGUAUCAGACCAAGUAACCUUGAUUGAGUGCAACGCUCUGAAUUGUGUAUUGCCGUCUGGAAGCGUGUUAGGGGUCAAAGAAACGAAAUAGCGUGAAUUCACGGGAAAAAAAGUGGACGUGCAAAAACUCAUUUGAGUUCACCGUUUGGGCGUUACCAGAGAAGUAAAGAACCUCCUGCGAGGACUGAAGCCUGCAGUGACGCUAUUCUGAAGGUGUGGUAUGAGAGCUUAUCGAGACCGCUGACAAACAGCAAACUACUUGUUUU